AUGCACAGACACUAAUAAUAAUAAAAAAUUUGAAAUCUUUGCGCAUGCUUAUGAAAUAAACUGCAGGCGUAACAAAAGUUGCGUAGCCAUACUCUGAUUCAUUAGUGAAGAAAAAUGGCAACCAUCAUCGCCGGCAUCCCAACUACAUCGAUCACUCGCGCAGGUCUUGUGCUCAAACGACCUGUUGGAGCCUCGUCCUCUACCGUUCUUGGAUUGCCAGCAAUGGCUAAGGCAGGGAAAGUGAGGUGCUCCAUGGAGGAAAAGCCUUCAAGCAGCUCAAAUAUAGGGAUGGGGGCAUCCUUGUUAGCAGCUGCAGUUGCCGCAACCAUGUCAAGCCCAGCCAUGGCUUUGGUGGAUGAGAGACUCAGCACUGAAGGAACCGGGCUUCCCUUUGGGCUUAGCAACAACCUCCUUGGUUGGAUCCUGUUUGGUGUCUUCGGUCUUAUAUGGGCUCUCUACUUUGUCUACGCUUCCACCCUUGAAGAGGAUGAAGAGUCUGGAUUGUCCCUCUAAACCCCCAAGUGGCGAUGCAUGCAUUGUAGAAAUUGCAAAGAAUUAUCUCUUUUUCUGUUGUAUUAAAAAAUUAUUUGUGUAUCCAACUUUAAACUUCUUAAGUUAUUGAUUUCUUCUCACCCAGAGCUUUCUCA